AUGGAGGACUCGGGGGGAGCAUCAGCGGCGACCUCCCCACGCCUGCCCAAACCGCAACUCCAGAGCAAGGGCGCCGCCUGUGCGGAGGGCGAGGCAGGCUUCCCAGGACCCCCUCCGGAAGAGGGAUCCAGAGCCAGAGCUCAGUCACCCAAGCAAGUGUCUCCUGAGGCACUGGGUGAGACUGGGCUGGGGACAGUCCUAGCCAUUCGUCAAGUGCAAAAUGAUGCCAGCAACUUCGUAAUAUAUGAAUCGGCCAUCAAGCAGAUCGAUGUGGAGGGAGGGAUCGUGAUCUUGACGGAGCCUGGGCCCGGGUCGCCGGAAUCAACGAAGGAGCCCGACCUGGACACGGCCAAGCUCGCGGUCCGCGUAGAGGCGUACGGGAGACAUUCUGAGUGCUCCUUCCGCAAGGCAUGCUUAGGCCGGGUACGAGGACGAGAAGCCUUGGCCCACAAUGAUGGAGGACCUCUCCGCAGGAGCCGUGCCGGGAGACGGGCGGUGCGAGCCAGCGCUUACGGCUCGCGAUUAGAGGAUCCGGUUGCCGGAGCCACGCUCAACGUGCGCGCGGUGCGCACGGGAAGUGCCGCUCAUAAGGAAUCGUCGGCAAAGCGCGUGGGACUCGCUCCUUCUGUAGUCCGUGCGCAGGAAGGACUUGCAACGAUGUGGCACGUACUCUGGAUUGGGCAUUCCCCAGGCACUUUUAGCAAAGAGAUCGCAGUGGGGAUCACUCGUGGGAGCAUUUGCGACUUUGUUACAAGACCGAAGCCACGCUUUAGAUAUCUCCGUAGAACUCAGAUCUCGUCGCCCUCGGUGCCCAAGGAGAGGUUAUUGGCGCGGGAGAUGGACGUAGCCUCCUGGGACCAGCUGGCCUUCGGCAUCGCACUCCGCGCAGACGAGGCUGCCACCCCGCACCCGGGCCGGGCCCAGCCCUGUGCAGCGAGCUCCGCCUUCUCCCCUAUGCCCCAGCGGGGAGCCCCCCGGUGCCAUGCCUGCCUGUUUCUUUCAGAUGUGGUGCCGACUCCCCCCGACGGGCCGCCCGUUGUGCUGGCCGUGACCGGCAGAGCCGUCACACUGACCUGGAACAAGCCCAAGUGGCUCGACUCAGCCAUAGACCUUGCCUCGGUGACCUACCCCCUCCAGCAGCAGGUGCUGGGCACCAGCCAAUGGACCAUCGUGGCCACCGGCCUGCGAGACCCCCGCUGCACAUUGCACAGCCUGGCCAAGGGGCCACGAUACCUCUUCCGAGUGCUCACCAUCACCCCCAGGAGCAGCAGCAAGCCCUCGCCUCCCAGCGAGCCAGUGCAGCUCCUGGAUCGGGGUCCAUACCUGGAGGAGGGUCCUGUCAUCCUGGACAAGCCAGACGUGGUGUACGUGGUGGAGGACCAGCCAGCCUCCAUCACUGUGACCCUCAACCACGUGGAGACCACGGUCACCUGGAAAAGGACUUGCAAGGUGCUGCUGGCGGAGGCAACGCCUGACCUUUGUCUAACGACAGACAGCGAGUUGCUCACCUGGUAUUCGGCUGGCCGCUGCCACGGCCUGCGACUAGAUGCGGCGUCUAACCUCACCGCCCGCACCUGGCCGGGAGUGAUGUCUGCAAGGCCGGAGUGGUGGUGCUGCGCCCAGCCGGAGGCAGUGGCCGCGGUGGCGGAGGAGGGGCACACAGCCCGGCGGCUGACAGACGACUACGAGGUGCACGAGGAGAUCGGCAGGGGAGCCUUCUCCUACGUGCGGAGGGUGACGGAGAAGAGCAGCGGGCUGGACUAUGCAGCCAAGUUCAUCCCCUGCCGGGUCAAGGCCAAGCAGUCGGCACGCAGGGAGCUGCAGAUCCUGUCCCAGCUGGACCACGAGCGCCUCGUCUACUUCCACGACUCCUUUGAGAAGAAGAACGCCGUGAUCAUCGUCAUGGAGCUCUGCACAGAGGAGGAGCUGCUGGACAGGAUGGCCAGGAAGCCCUCGGUGUGCGAGUGGGAGGUGAGUGCCGGGCCGGGAGCUGCCUGCAGAGCCCCUCACCCUCCACCUGCUUCCACCUGCUGGUCACCUCGGGAACUGCAGGGGCAGGGACCUCGGACCAACCCCUGGGGCCCAGGCUUCAGCCCGGGUGUCACAGAGUGUGAGGGAGUCAGGGCCCUGCACCCCCACUUCCUGCGAGUCACCGGGACUCUCAGCCAGGCAGUAACACAGAAGGUUUAUUACCUGACGGGGAUCUCCCCGUUUGUGGGCGAGAACGACAAGACCACGCUGCUGAACAUCCGCAACUACAACGUGGCCUUCGAGGAGAGCAUGUUCCUGGGGCUGACGCGGGAGGCCAAGGGCUUUCUCAUCAAAGUGCUGGUGAACGACCGGCUCAGCGCCCUGCCCAUCAAGGACAUCGACUCGGAGGAAGUCUUUGAGGCCAAGUUCAAGCGGGGCCGGGAGUCGUCACUCAGCCGCGGCCUGAAGCUCCUCAGCAGGCCCCACUCGGAGGAGCGGCACCUGGCCAGCCCGCUGGUGCGGGAGGAGGGGAUGUACCGACCCGGCCCGGCUGGGGCGCCAUUGGAGCUCGCCAAGGGCCCGGCCCAGAGGGCCCAGUCGGUGCAGGACCUGCGUGAGCCGGAGGAGGCCAGCUUCAUCCGCAGGAUGUCCCAGCGCCUCUGGCGCACGCCGCCCGUGGAGCGGAAGCAGCCCCAGGAGGAGGCGUCGGGCCGCGAGCCCCCGAGCCGGGGCCGCCGUCUCUCCUGGACCCUGGGUCUGGGCAGCUCCAAGGACAAGCGGGACUCGGCAAGCCUGAAAUCGGAGCCAGGCCAGAGCGAGGCUGGGUCGGAGCCCCCCGGCAGGGAGCCCGGCGAGUCGCCCGUCGUGGCCAUGAGGCGAAAGAUCAGCUCCACCAUGGAGCGCCUCUCCCAGCGCCUGCACAGCCCCUUGGCCGACAGGGGGGAGGCGGAGGGGCCCGGGAAGCGGAGCCCGCUCCUGGCCCUGCUGCGGAGGUCCAACUCAGAGGGGGAGAACCUGCGCAAGAUGGAGAUCCCGCAGAACCAGCUGGCGGCACAGUCAGCCCUGGCGCCUUCCGCCGAGUCCUUCCAGUCGGAGAGCAGCACCCGCUCAGAGGCGGGUGCCAGAGCUCCCAGCGAGGGCCAGAGACGCUCCCGGUGGGACCGCUGGGGCCUGUCCCGCGCCAAGAGGGACAAGGUGGCCUCGCAGCCCAACAUCCCGACCAACCUGCUGCAGGAGGAUGGCACCAUCGUGGGCAGGCAGUACGUGCGCAACGAAUCGGAUAAGCAGGCGCUGGUGUCCGACGCCGCGGUGAACAUUGUCUCGUGUAAGGAUGGCCGCCAGCUGCUCUCCAUCCCCAAGACAUCCAAGAAGGAUGCAGGCCUGUACGAGUGCACUGCUGCCAACGCCCUGGGCACCGCCACCAGCUCAUGCACUCUGGCCGUGGCACGCCUGCCGGGGAAGCCGGGCACUCCGGAGAUACCUCAGAAGUACAAGAACACGGUGUUGGUGCUGUGGAAGCCUGCGGACAGCCGGGCCCCGUGCACCUACCUCCUGGAGUGCAAACUGAACGGUACGAGGCCUUCCAUGCCCAGCCGGCACCGCCUGGGCCCAUGGGCAGGGCUGGCAGGGCCUGGAUUCCCGGGGGGCAGCUCUGGGACCGCGCUG